GAAUGUUCCCUAAAAUACGAGAAGGAACAAGAAAAAGGAGGGGAGAUAUAAAGACAGGCUUUUACCGAAAUCAAGGUGACAUAAUGCCGGCGCCUAUGGAUUAUCCUUCUCCAAAGAGGCUCCGCUCUGAAUCUGAAGCCGAAUCUGCCGACAAGGAUCGGAUCAGUUGUUUGCCUGAAGAUGUUAUAGGCUUUAUAUUAUCUCUUUUGACAUCUAGAGAAGCAAGGGCGACUUGUCUUCUUUCGAGAAGAUGGAGGCAUUUGUGUACUUGUCGGAUCACCAACCUUGAUUUCGACUGGUAUGACUUAUUGGCCGGGAUGAAAGAUAAACCCGACUUGUUGGAGAAGGAGAGGGCGAGAUAUGUGGAAUGGGUGGAUAAUGUCUUACAUCGUCAAUGUGGAGAAUGCCAUUUACAUAGAUUCGCACUAUGCUUUGACCUCAAUAUCUCAUGUCAGUCUCACAUUGAUCGAUGGAUUAGGUUUGCAUUGGCAAAACGAGUUAAAGUUCUCCAAUUGUGCUUCCAGCCAGCAUCAUCCGAGGAUUUAUGGCCCGAUCCCGAUGGUGACCCUAGUCGCUUGCCAUAUAUUUUCGGGCAGGAGACACUUAUGGAUGCUAAUGUAGGGUGUAGUAAUUUUGGCUUGAGCCCUUCUAGUUCUUGGCAUGUAGGCUUCAAGUAUCUCGAAGAGCUCUCCUUGACUCGAGUCACUGUGAAGAGAGAAUUUAUUGAGCAACCGCUUGCUAAUUGUCCGGUUCCGGAGCGAUUGAUUUUGGUACUUGUUGCUACUUUGAAUAUGCUUAGGCUUUUCGGCCGAUCACCGAAGCUGAAAUACUUGCGCAUACAUAGCUGCAAUGAUCUUGAACGCGUUGAGAUUUAUGACACCGAUCUUGUGUCCUUCAGUAUGUGUGGAGAGGAAAUUCCAUUGUGUUUAGACAAACUCCCUCAGCUGUCCGAGGUGUCUAUUAUAUUAUCUCCGUUGGCACUUGUUCAUCUGACCUUUUCUCAGCUUUCGAGUCUUUCUUGUCUGCAAACUCUCAAGCUUGAAUUUUUUAGCCCUGAUGUAAGAGCACUGAGUGAUUUUCAUAAGGUUUCAUAA